CAGGUGCAUGGAGUCGGGUCACGUGCUCCGGGACUGCACAUCGACGGCCGACCGGUCGGAGCGCUGCUACCGGUGCGGGGCGGAAGGACAUCGUUCCAGGGACUGCUCGGCGCGAGUACCUAAGUGUCCGUUGUGCGCGGACCUGGGACUGCCCGCGUCGCACCGUUUGGGGUCACCGGCAUGCAAACCGCCUGCCCGUAAAAAGAGGGCCGCACAGGAAGCAAGGACCGUUCCAGGCGACAGCGGGAACGCGGCGACGAGGAAGGAAACGAUGCCGCCGUCAACUGGCCCCACGAAGGCCAGAAGAAAGGACGGAGAAGUCGGACACACCGAUUGCGAGGGGAACGGCCCGGAGGAGGCUAUGGAGACGGACCCUUGCCCGACGUGAGCGGAAGAAGAGGAGAAGGAACUGCUCCUUCAGUGCAAUCUUAACUGCUCCCGCCGGGCUCAGGACUUAAUGUUCCAGAGCCUGACGGAGCGGCGGAUCGGUCUGGCAGCGGUGGCCGAGCCGUACAGCAUUCCCGACGCGUCACGGGGCGCUGAGGAUCUGAUCGGCCCGGUCGCCAUAUUCUGGACCGGAAUCGCGAGAAGCCCCUCCUGCUCGGUGAUCGAGCAGGGACGGGGCUUCGUGGCCGUGAAAUGGGGCGACCUGGCUGUGGUGGCCGUCUACGUGUCGCCCAACAUCAGCCGGACAGAAUACGCCUGCUUCCUGGGCGGUCACGCGGCUUGCGCGAGGCGUUUGGGCGCCUGCCCGUCACUGGUCCUCGGGGACUUCAACGCCCACCCCACGGCAUGGGGCUCCCGCAGGACCAACGGAAGGGGGCGCGACGUACUGGACUGGGCGGCCGCACUCGACCUCCGGCUUAUGAACCGGGUGUCGUCCAUCACGUGCGUGGCGUGGCGGGACGACACCAUAGUGGACCUCACAUGGACAAACCCUGCCGCUCCCCCCCCGUGGUUCCGGUUAGGAGGUGUUCCCGGAGGAGACCCUCUCGGACCAUCUCUACAUCUUGUUGAAGGUGGCGGUUGGCGGCGCGAUGGGCGACCGUUCGUUGGGUGCGCGCGGGCCCAUCGGCUCACCGGCCAUCAGGGUAGUGAGGGGCUUUCGCACCAUUUCGGCGGCAGCAGCGGCGGUGCUCGCCGGGUUUCCCCCGUUCGAAUUGCAGGUCCUGAGGUGUCGCGAGAUUUAUCUCCACCCUCGGGGUUUGUCGGGCGGGGGCGGCCCGGUGUGUCGUUCACGCCGCUUUCCAGACCUCUCUCGAUCGCAGCCGUGACGAUUAUCGUGGAGGUUUUAGUCGGCACUACCACGCCGCUUUUCCCCAGAAGCGGUCUGGUGUCAAAGCAGAUUUCCUCCACGUUAAUAAAAAAAUAAGUGUGCAUUGGCUUACGGAAGAACAAGUCAUUGCACUUGCACGUUUAUACUCAGUAAUAGGUUUACGUUGCAUUGCUCAUCGCGUCGGUAUGCCACAUAUAGUGUGUUGUAUAAUUCACAUUAAUUUAUAAUUAAUUUUAAGAAAAUAAAUAAGAAAAAUGACUACAGAUAUUCCGGAAUAACGCCCACGCUAGUGGAAGAAAUUAUUGUCGCUGGAUACUCCGGGAAUUACAUCAGAAUUGGACUUUUCUACAUUCUCAUAUUAUAUUUUACUCCUCAGAAGUACGAAACGCAUCGAAACAUUUGAUUUUCUCAUAAUUGUAAUAUCAAUAUGCAUCAGCAAACAAACAAAUGAUAAUAUCGAUUACAUGCUUUACUAAAUAUGUAAAACUUACAUAAUUAAGAUCGGUUUCAGCAAUAAUAACAUUUUUUUAUCAUUUUCCAUGAAGUCCAUCUACAACCAAUGGUUCUUUUCAGACUUUUGUUCCUCGGGAUGGAUAUUAUACAACGCAAUAAAAAAACUUAAUCUUGAAGAUGGUGCUCAAGAUCAAUUUUGCAAUCAACUUUUUCGACAGAAUUCCACCGAUUCAAAGGUGUAGAAUGUUGUACAUACAUAUAUGUAUACAAAAAUUGCAAAAAAUUAGAAGGAAAAGAAAAAAUAAGUUAUAAAGUUAAAAUUUGGAACCAAUUUGAGCUAUUACAGAUGAUUUGUGUUUUAUUUUGUUUUGUGUUUUUUUUCCGGCUUUUAGCUGCAGAAAUAUAUAUGUACUUAUAUGUAUAUAUUUUACACGCGGCUGUAAAUUCUAUGAAAAGAAUAAGAAAGGAAAAAGAAUCCAAGUCGAGAUCUUCGACUAAUUGUAGAUUGUUCGAUCGAUGACUGUUUCAUUUUCAUAUAUAUAUGUCGGAUUAGGGUUGGAAUUUUGGGUUAGGUCCCCAUUCGAUGAACCUUAGGUCAUUCGAUGAACCUUCGCUCAAAUUUACCAUCGCAGAUAUAGCUGAUAUUUAUUGGUACAAAUGUGGGCACUACAAGAGGCUAUAAGUAAUAGCGGCGAUGGUCAAGAUGUUGAUGACAACGAAUUCAGGUUCGACAACGAAUCCACGGUCCACGGGAUGACGAAUGCGAUACACGUAUAACUCCACGUACAAGUAAAAGUUAUCUGCAUGAACUCUACCAAAAUCCAAGUGGAGGUUAUAUAUUCCUCUCCCCACCUCUCGGGUCAAUCUUUGUUUUUAAGGAAAGCCAUAUAAUCAUUCCAUCCCUCUGUCAGGUAAACGUCCCUCCCGUGAUUGUGGAUACGUUCAGUGACCCGCUAUGUCAUUUCGAGCCCAAGCCCAUCGUCAUAAAAUCGGAUUAGAGCAUUAAAACUACUUCUUAUUUUUAUUACUUAAGUGUAGCUAUAGGGUAUUGGGGUUUUUCCCAACAUUCCAAAAGAGAAGUCCCGAUGUUCUUUCAUCUUCGACAUAUAUAUGUCGGGUUCGCAUUAUGAUUAGGGUUAGGGGCGUGUAAUGAAUCUUCAUUUGGAUUAAACAUUGUUGUUAUGCAAUAGAGAAGAUAUUUACUAGUACAAAUAUGAUUAUUAGUACAAGUGUGGAUAUUGCAGAAUUGACAAGUAACAGUGAUGAUUAGACACUAAUGACAAUGGUCUUAGGUUCGAUAACGAAUCCGCGGUCAACGGGAUAACAAAUGUACUUUCUUUCAAAGUUUAAGUCGGACUCGAUUUACUUGUCUAUGGUACAAGUAUUACUAAACUAGCUCUUUGUUAAAACGUAAAAAAUAUUCACCGAGCGUAAAGACGUUAUGUAACUCGUUAAUGAGAACUCACGAGAGAGAAUGACUUUCCGUCACGAUGAUGCUGCAGAGGAAAACUAUGAUGGGGUGUGUCUAAGGACACGAGAUCAUCGGAUUCGUGUCUAAGGAUCGUCGACAUCUGGUAAUCAUCUUACCCGAAGAAUAGGGUCUGCGUGUGGCGAGACACGGGACAGAAACCGUUGGAAUGUUUACUGUCGAGUGCCGCUACAACUAUUUCUUUUUAAGGAGAGCUAUACCGUUACCCUAUACCUUUGUUAGGCAAAACGUUCAUCCCUUAACCGCGGCUACGUUCGGCGACUGUUUGUCGCCUCGUGCCCAAAAGCUCAUUAUCACAAAUCUCGAACAAAUACAAUUGGAUUGAAUGACAACAAUUGCUUAAUUACGGCUGUGGUAGAAUUCAGAUUAAAGUGUUAAGGGGUUUUCCCAAAAUUCCAAAGGAAAGGCUUCGGUGUCCUUUCAUCUCCGACAUAUAUAUAUAUCUUCAAUAAUGAAAUCCUUUUAUAUAAAUUAGUGUAUAUAUACGUAUGUAAAUUAUAUGCAAUAAUAAUUACAUAUAAGAUAAAUAAAACAAAUUUAAGAGAAAAGAAGAGAAAAAGGAAUGAAUGAAAGGAAAAUCAGCCAAAUUAGAUCAAUAGUUUGUUACUCUGUUUUCAAAAUUCUCUUUUAUAUCUAACUUCAGUAAGCUCUCUGUUCAUAAAAUAUAUAAAAAAUAGAGAAUAAAGAAUGAAAUAAAACAACACGAAAAAGGAAAAAUGAAACAAGAUACAAAGACAUGAAAUUCAUGAGAAAUAUCAUUUUCAUUCUAUUGUUGUGUUUAUUUUUAUAUCCAGCUUCGGAACCCCUUUCAUAUUAACUCGUACGUGAAAUACAUCACCCUUCCUCUUGCUUAUGACGCAGACAUUUUCCAAAGGUACACCGACCCCUGCACUGUGGCUGGCUGGGGACGACACAUUCCUGGAUCCAAUGUACGUAGUUAAUCGCAUCUAAUUAUUUACUGUCAUCUACAAAAAUUGUUUUAUUGAUUGACAAGCGUAGAAACAUUCUGUUUAAACUUGUAUUGUACGAAGCGUAGAAAAUCCACAAGUGCUUGAAGCAUGAAUAUGGAAUAGAGUACAUGAAAGAAUACAGAGUAAAUAUAGAUCGUAUAGUGGAAAUCUAAAGUUGAAUUUCAUUAAUUCUUUGAACAGAAAAAAAAUGAAGUUUACUUCCAAUUUUAUUUUCUUCUCUAGAUAUGCUCUCAUCCUAUUUUGUGUUUUCUACUUACUUUGUUUAUUGUAUUGUAUUUUAUAGUUCUUUCUUUCUUCCUAUGACUUUUUCCUGUUGUUCAUAUUCCGAAUUUCGUUUCUGACUAUAGACUCUACGGUAUAAUUCUAACUUCGACAGUGAGUAAUAAAUCGACUAGAAUAGAAGAACUUUUAACUUGCUUGUGGUAACGCAUUUCAAUUUAGAAAGAUGAUUUUGAUUUUGAAUUUGAAUUUAAAAACGUGAUUUUAAAUCUGAACUUGAAUGUUUACAGGGAACGGGUUAAUAAGAGAUUUCAUUAAAUUAAUAAGGAAUAAUAAAUAUUCUAGUACAGCCAAAUAAUUUUAUUUAGAGAGGGUCUGGUACUUACCUUCGUAGUGUCCAAUUACCUUUGAUUCCACCGGAAAAAUGUCCAGUUUCAGGAGUAGAUAGUAAGUUGCAUUUAUGCGCAGGCGUAUUACAAGGUGGACGAGAUGCUUGUCAAGGUGAUAGUGGUGGCCCACUUUUAUGCAAUGGUACGCAAGUUGGAAUAAUUUCAUGGGGAAAAGGUUGUGCUCGUCCUAAUUGGCCAGGCGUGUAUUGCCGAGUAGACUUAUAUUUAAACUGGCUAAACGAAACUGUACAG